AUGGCUCCUAUCGACCGAAGGAUUUACCUAGAUCAGCUUGGUCAACUCGACAUUCAUCGAGGAGGGUCAUCAACAUCAUCACAAGAGACCCCAGGAGGAGAUAACCGACCUGCUUUGGAUCCAGCACAGGACUCACUACUACGACGACGUUACCUACCACCCGCAGAGGCUGUUGCUGCUGAUGUAGUGAUUACCUGUCAGGAGCUCGAGAGGGCAGUUCGAGGGCUAGAUGUGGAGUCGGAGGAGUCUUGUCGGCAGCUUUUCGAUAUCAUGUGGCAGCCUAGAUUUAGGGAGUGGCAUUGGUUGGAUGAUGAAAGUGAUGGAUAUCGCGGUAGCAGCAGUAGAGGAUCGGGAGAGGACGAUCGCUAUGCUGAGACCAACUUCGAUGGUCUGUGUUGGGCUGGAGUCUUCGAUGCUAUUGAUGAAGUCUUGGAGCGAUACAUACAAUACACACACAGUGGCGAGGUCGUCCUGCUGGCAGCGUCGUUGGACCCUCAAAUCGUCCGCUCGACGGCAAUAUCCUUGCCGAAGAGUGUGGAGUUCGUAUUUGAUUAUCAACAGCCAGUUACUCAUGAGAUGAAGUCAAUACAUUGUACUCUGGUUAAAGGCCAACAGGGGGUUACAUCAGCCGACGAACUGAUGGAAAAACUGAAAAAUACCGUCACAGAGGAGUCUGUCCUCACGAUGCUACGCUACAGGCUCCGUCAUGCUUUGGCCCUCCUCGAGGGCGACAGAGAUAUGAUGCUUCUAUUUACUGCUAUACGUCUAUGUACUGUGGAUAUAACAUUACAGAUUAGGCCGCAUCAUACCCCUCCACCGUGUGGGAAUAUGGGCAUCGAAUCCGACAAAGGAGGGCGGCAACCUCCAGCGUGGGGUCCGUCUGGCAUUGGUAGUGGGUUCCUGCAUAUGUAUCUACAAACCUAUCCAGCAUUCCUGGGCCAACUAGCAGCUCUACCCUUCUCAGCAGUCUCCUAUGCUGAGACGGUGAAGAGAGUACCAGUAGCUAGGGCACUUCCAAUUGAGGAGCUGGAGGACAGCAGUUGGUUGUUGGUAAGAAGGGAUAGGCCUUUGAUCUCUCAGUCCUUGGCAUCCUCCUCCAACCUGGGGUAUAUGAAUCGUAUGAUUCAAGGCUCACGGGAUAGGCUGGUGAAUGCUCUCAAGGAGGAAGAGUCUGUCGAGGGAGUCCCACCACAACGGCAAGCACGAUACACCCAGAGUCUAACAGUAUGCAGUGAAUGUAUUGAUGUUAUGACCAAUCUAAUAACAGCUAUGCAGUAUCCUAACAUGAUGGUCACCGUCAAUAACAUAUCUAUGGUACCACUUCCUAAGAUACGGAUUAGCUGCUGUAAAUGCCUCGAGAUUGCCUUGGAGUACUCCCCUGGCUGUUUUGGUAUCCUCUUCCGAGACCUCAACGGUCUCGAUAGGUUACUAGAUGUGGUAGCAGCUUUGUCUAAGGAUUGUUAUGACUGCUGGACAUCGACACCAAGGGGGAGUAGUGACGGUGUGGCUGGAGGGAAUGACUAUGAGAAGAUGCUUAUAUUGUCUAAUAGACGAAAUGAGCUGCAAGCAGUACUGAAUCUGUUGAAGACGUCGGUGCACAAUAUUGACCCUGGUGUUGGGAUGAACCUGAAUGAGGCAUUGAGUGGUAGAGAGGUCGAGGAGACCGAAGCCAAGGAGUUGUCCGAGGAUUCUGUCCGUCGCCGUAGAGAGGGCUUUCAGAAGGUUAUGGUUAGAGUCUUCGGAGAGGCUGGAGAGGCUAUCGGUGCCCAUAAUGUUGGAUACUUAGCUCAGCUACUGCACUACAUAUGCGACAACGAUCCCAUCAUCAUCCCUACAGUACUGGGGCCUAAUGGGGAGCUCCUCAAGGCCGUCUCUAAGUGUUUACCGGCUGUACGGAACUCUAGCUUUGCCCUAGGGUGGACUUCGACGACUCUCUCGAGCUUCUCGUUGCACAACAAAGGUGCUGAGCUCCUACGUGAUCUACAAGGGGAGGAUAACCCGCUGACUAGGUUGGUGAGAUUGGUCAUAAUGGGAGAUGGUGCCGGGGUACGCCCUGUGUCACCACUGGCCGAGAAAGUGACCUCAGAUCUGCCUAUGAUGCUGAGCCAGUCUAUAGAGGAUAUUGUACGUAACCGUGGGGAGCUGGCCAAGCCCCUCGUAGAGGCAGCUAUUGGGGGUUUGGAGGACCUCCUUGCCUGGGCUGAUAAGGAGGAGCCUACUUCUACUAGUGGUAUCUUGAGUGCUAAGCUGGCCCCAGCAUGUAGACUGUUAGCUUCUCUACUUCAAACACACUCUUCCUUGGCUAAGCUGUUGGUGAUGGAAGAUGUUGAAGGAGGAGGUAAGUCAUCAAAGCCUGGUCAGCAUCUGUGUGAGCUAUUGGUGAAGUUGGCUACUCAUCCCUCCCUGCCUAAGGGAGGUAGCAUACUAGCCCCUGUGGUAAUGGCUGGCCCUACUGCUAACCAGCAACAACAGCAGCACCCCCACUACCACCCAAUCGUCAGCACGUUCCGAGCGCUGGAGAAUGCCUUCUAUAACAACCUCGGCCCUUCGCUGGCUGGGAGCUCCUCAUCAUCUACUCAGACUGAUUCUGGUGACUGCCUCCUCCCGUUGGCCUCACUGGUGGUUGAGAAUGGGCAGAAACUCAUAGACUCUUCUCCCGAGGGUGCGGUUGUUGGCAACACGGCAACGCUGUCGGCCCUAACAUUCGGUCUGGAGACCUUCGCUCUGGUCCACGCCCCUGUGAAGGAGAGUGGUGGUGGCUUGUUUGGUAGUAGCGCGUCCCCUGCUGGGGCCUCUACGAGGGAUUACCUCAGCUACAGUCUACUGGCAGUCAUUGACACAGUAUGCAAAUGUGCACCCAGACUGCUGGAAAGGCUGGCAACGGGUGAAGGGGCUGAUCAGGAUGGGCCUGCUGAAGUGAAAAUGGACUUAACGUUGCAGUUGAACUCUCCUCCGAAUCAAGUGAGGCGGUCGCGGUUUAUGAGGGAUACCAUAGACUGGCGGAAGGCUGUUGAAAUGAGUGCCAUUGGGAAUAGCAGUGGUAGUGCUCCGCUGUGGUUACUUUGGUCGACUAUGAAGAAGUUUAUGGAGGCCGUGGCUAAGCUGGCUAAUACCCCUAGUGGAAGGAUCAAGAGGGUCCAUGAUAUGUUCUUCAGCAGUCUUAGUCAAAAACAGAUAUCCAACUCAGCGAGGAUAGCUUCGGUACUCCUCAGCGGCGCCUUUAUCGAUAUGACCAAACGCUAUGGUCAUCUACAGGAGAAGGUGGAUGAGGCUGGGAGGUUGAGUAGCGUCAAGAAGGGGUUCGCCACCGAGAUGUUCGAGUUGUUGGCGAAGUGCCAUGUAGAGGAUAGAAGUCAUCAUACUAGAGUACUUUCUAUUGAUACUAUGUUCAAGAUGGGCGGCUUUGGGGACGAUUUCACUGGAAUGGUUGUGGACAUAUUGCGAGACCCGUGUACGGACGAGGCCCUGUCGGCUUCAGUACUUGGGUAUUGUGAAAGGAUCACCUCGGUGAAGAGGAUGGAGAACUCCAAUCUCACUCAACCCUCCCUUUUCCCCACAAUCGAUAAGAACAUCCCAGCAUCUGUCCAGAGCUUCCUUAAAGUAGAUGGUUAUAAGUUGGUGAGUUCUCUCCAAGUGAGGCUGACUGCAGCCCUUCUACCACUGUGGAGGGAUGACGAUUGGCUGGGCCGAGAGGGUGAGAAGGAUGAGAAGGGCGAGAGGCGGUAUGUGAUGUCAGCGAGAGCUUGCGGGUCUAUGGUGAAGUUGUUUACUCAUGCUGUCGAACCUGAUCCUCGAGUGAUUGAUGGAGGCCCUACUGCAACGCCCUCCCCUCCUGAUGAUGGUCAACGUAGUGGUGACCCUACCGAGGCUGCCAUUGCCGAGAUGCUAAGAGUACCCAAUGUUCAGCGGCUCGGGCCUCGAGCCCCCAACUCAUCGCCGGGUGAGGACAGUCCCCCUGCUGUUGCCACUGCUGGUCAGGGCAAUGCUCCUUCUCAACCGCCCGCUGGCCCUUCAGAGGGCGGCUCCUCUUCUCCUGUUGGGGAUCCUGUUAUUGAUCUUCAUAGUUCGUCAGCAGCCCACUUCGCUGUGAAGGAGAAUUUGGUGGCGAUCCUGCAAGAAAGAGUACCGACCUUGAAGAAGGAAGAAGGUCUCGACCUACCGUCCAAGCUCACCCCUGCGGAUGUCCGCAAAAACGCUGAAGAUGUUGGCAGGGACUUCAUCACUCGUUGCGUGUUCCUAUCGAAGAAGGGAGGUCAGCCUACACACUGUGCUGAUGUGAUAAGCAGAGUUGCUCAGAACUGCAAUAGGAUUAGGCUGGGGAGUGGUAUAGAAGGCCAGGGCUCUGAGACGAUGGAUGAAACGACUCGGCUGAAGAUCCAUGUUGGUAAUCUACUACAUGUGGUUGAUGUGGUCACUGAUGAAUUCGUGAAGGAGAUUAACGUCUUGGCUGAGGAGAAGGAUGAGAAUAGCCCUGAUGCGAUGCAAUGUCUAUCGCAUGUACUGGCGUUCCUUACUAAUACAUCGGAAAGGGUGAGGGCAACGUUGUGGAAGGGUGGGAAAGCAGAGGAUAUCAUACAGGGGUAUUGUCAUUACUGUGAGAAGAAGGUUGAUAGAGUAGGAGCUGAUGACAAGAUGGCCGAUGCGAGUUCAUGGUUGGAGACGAUGUUGGAGGAGGCGGAGAUGCUUGGUAGAAGUGAAGAGGGAGUAGAAGGGGGAGAGGUUAUGCCUCUGUGGCUCACUGAAGCUGCCUUGGCUAUUGAGGGCCUCUGUGAUGAACCCUAUAUUUAUACUGGAGACUGGGAUGCCUUGCAGAAGAGGCUUUUGGCAGCGCUUGUGAGCAUCCUCACUCGUCAUGAGGAGAAGAGGUCCUCAACUGACCCUCUGAAGCUAGCUGCAGUGAUGGUACCAUCGCCAGACCUGACUAGAGCCGCCCUUGAGGUCAUGUCCCUGCUUGUCAAUAGAGAGGUCAACGCCUCUGCAGUGUUCGGGUCGGCGCCAUGGAAGUUGCUGUCCAUACUCAGUCUACGGCGGUCUUCCUCCUAUCCAGAAAUCACAUCGAUGUUGGCCAGUGUGUUGUCGAAGUUGAUGGAGAACAAACAGUUCAUAGCGGCAGUCGUGGACUUAGCGUUGAAUCAGCUGAAUAAGGAGGGUGAGAAGAAAAAGAGGAGUACCGCGCCCGAUAAGAAGGGUCGUCAUCGUCAUCACCACCAUCAUCAACAAAAUUCUGAACCUGCCAAGACCUUGGCCGAGGUUGACAAGUCUACUGGUGGGGCAUCGGACAAGGCCUCUGAAGGAGGGAAGAAGCCGUCGCAAAAGCCCCCAGCACGUAGUCUAUCGUAUAAGCUGUCUGACAUCCUGGCUAACCCUAUGAUGAAGAGUCUAGUGCUGAAGGACCCUAAAACGGUUGAGGAGGUCCUCUUGAAGGACUUGAUGAAAAAGAGGAAGACGAAAGCAACAUCAACAUCGUCAUCGACUGCUGACGAGGAUGGGCAGAAGGAAGAGACCUCUGUGAUGGUGUUGUUGGAUACUAAGGAUGAUAAUGAGUACUAUGUUGGCGAACUACGCUCCGCCUCACCGUGUGCUUUCUCCUGCAGGAACUUUCUAACAGGGUUAUCGACCAACGACUAUCCUUAUUCGAUCCUUGUUGUUGUCGCUGAGUUCCUAUUGAGGUCUCUACAACUUCUCCAGGCUAUGAGGGAGGAUUCGGCUGAUACAACACCGAGUUGCUACCCUCUGGCGGUCUCUGUUGAAGGGGCUAUGUACUUCCUCGACACUUUACUCAACAAGUUACAGUUUGCUAGCCAGCAUGGCAAGCCGAUGGGGUCCAUCACUCUCACGCCUCUUCCGACGACUUGUAGUAUGCUGUUGGAUAAGCCUAUCAGAGUCGACGACUUUAUUAUAACUACUGUGGGGGAGAAGUUGUCGUCCCUGAAGAUCGGCCUUGGGAGUGGUCAGGCCGGUGGCGGUAAUAUGUUGAAGUCGGCCUUCCAUCUGAUAUCUAGCUGUUGGACGGAGCUCUGUGCCUCCUGUACCCCUAGUGGUGGUAGCGACGAUGCGGUGGUGGAGUGGUAUAAGUCUCUGUCGGAGAGGCUCACUAAGGAUCCCUUUGUCAAGUAUAGUCGAGAGAAUGAUGAGGAUGAGGAUGAGGAGCUGGCUUGGGUUUUGAAGACCUAUCGUCGCUUUUCCCUCCUCUACGCCUUACUCCUGAAGGCAAGUGAAGUGGAUGGGUUAGAGAAGGUGUUGGAGAGGGAGAGGAAGCAGCAUCUAGCUUGGGAGUGUAAUGAGGUCCUUGGUAGCAUCAUGUUGCAUAGGCCUUACUCGGCUGAUCUGUCUGAAGCAGUGUUGGCUUGUAUGGAGAUCCUCACUCGCCCUCCGACUCUACCUGCUGCUGAUCAUGACAAAGAAAAAGAGGAAGGAGAGUCAUCGAAGGCCCCUGAGGAGGAGGAUGAGGAUGUUGGGAUGGACGACGAUGACGACGAUGAAGGCAAGGGAUGGUAUCAGAUAGGCUGA